UAAUUUUAUCAAAUUUAGUUGUAAAUGGUUUCAUCUAAUAAUAUUGAAAAUAAACUUUCCAAGAUUGUUUAUGCAAGAUUGUGCAUGGUAUUUUUUGCUGCAUUGAUAAUAUAACAAAAAUUUACCUUAUUAUUUAUCAUGUUGUCACAAGAAGAAAUUAAACCUAUGCCUUGUAAGGUAUAUGCAUCUAUAGUAGAGGACUUCAAUAAAUUAACAUCAUACAGUAGGAAGGCUGAAAAUGAAUUACGAAAAAAAUAUAAAGAUAUUCCCGCAACAACUAUGGGAAGCAUUAUAUCUUUAUUAGUUCAGAGAGCAAUGAAACAUAAUUACAGAAAGUCUCCAGUAAUUUCAAGCAAAUACUAUGACUUAUAUGAAAACCUGAUGAAAAGUCAAAACAAACAUGAAAUUAUAAUUCAGUUAGCUGACAGUCAAUGUGUAAGUCCUGCACUUUUCGUCAGAUCAUUACUACAAAAUGUAUAUUCAGAUUCUGCAAUGGUCAAGAAAUGUUUAAAGGAUUCUACACUUAUAGAGGAUAAGGAUUUGGCUUAUCAAGUAUUUUUGGGUAUAAUGAAUGAUAAUCAAUAUGGUCACUAUGCUGAUAUCAUCAAACAAUCAAUUGGAUUAGAGUAUGAGCUACGAUUGGAAAGAGAACUAAAAUUGAUGAAUAUAACAUUUUCUGAUGAAAAUAUUUUACGCACUAGAGGGUAUGAUAAGACUCCUGACUUUAAAUUAGAGGUCCCAAUUGCUGUAGACGGUUUCAUUGUGAACUGGAUUGAAAGUAAAGCAUUAUUUGGUGAUGAAGAGAACCAUAUGGGUUAUCUCAAAGAACAAUUGAUAUGCUACUGGAACAGAUUUGGUCCAGGACUAGUUAUAUACUGGUUUGGGUAUCUGGAAACUUUGGACAAUAUGCCAGAAGUGAAUAACAUGUUCAUACUUAGGACUAAGUUUCCAGAUAAAGAUAGUAUAACACAAUAUAAAGUAGAUUUUUGAUUGUUUUAAUGAGAUUAAAAGUAAUUCCAAGUAA